GGCGUUCGUACCCGGAUGUAGUUUACCCGAAACUGCCCACCGACAAAUGUUGUGCCCGUGGCAUCGCACCAGAUCAAACCAGAAGACACCUAGAGGCGCGCACUAACAGCUUGGAAGACAUCUUGACGCCGCCGCGCGCACUAACAGCUUGGCAUGGCAUUCAGGAGAGAGCGGAAUGUUCGAGACAUGUACGAAGAGCGCUUCCCCCCGGAGAGAGGGGCCCCCUACAGGCGCUCUGGUUUCGGUCGUCCUGAUGAGGAGUAUGGGGGCGGGGGGGGCGGUCGCGGGUUCGAGUACGAAGGUUCCGGCAAUUUCUACCGGGGCGGACCACCACCCCCCCGCAGCUACCACGGAGACGGCUCUCACUUCCCCCCCGAGCACCGAGGAGGACCGCCCCCCCCUCCCCCACCCGCACCACGCCGGGUCAGCGCCCCGCAGGAUGAGUCGUAUCCGUACUACAGAGGAGGGAGAGAGGAGGCCCCACCCGGACGCCCCAUGGACUUCAGGCCGGGUGGUGGUUCUGGUCGUGGCGCUCCGCUGGUCUCGUACCCGCCCCCCCGCUCUCUCGCACCCGAGGCCUCCGAUGAUACUGUGAUGCAAGCCAUCCUGAGCCUGGACACACACACACACCGCGGGGAGGAGCAUGAGGGUGUGCGUCGUAAGGCUGCGUACGCCCCUGUGGCCAUGAGGGACCGCUCGCCCCCCCCUCUCAGACGGGAUGUGCCCCCCCCCUCGCCACACAACCGGUCGCGCGGAUACUCACCAGAGCGAGCGAAACACCCCUACGCACCCCCGCCCAGCAAGAAAAAGCCAGCCGUUUUCAUCUCUGGGUCUCGAGACGGUUCCCCCCACAGCUCUGCAUCCAUGACCAAGGAUGAGUCGUUGGUGUCGGAGCCGCUGGGUGCUGAGGAGAUCUUGCCUCCCGCCGUAGAGGAGACGACGGCCUUCUUUGAAGACUUCAAGGAGAGACGAGCACAAGCCAUCACAGCUAAGGCCAAGGAAAUCGAGAAGGUCUAUCGUCAGGACUGUGAGACGUUUGGGAUGGUUGUGAAGAUGCUGGUUGCUAAGGAGCCGUCGCUAGAGAAGCUUCUUCAGAACCCUCUAAAAGAGAACCUUGGAGACAUCCGGGAGCGUUGCCUUGACGACCUGAGAAGCUUCAUAGCCAAGCUGGACGAGGCCACCGCAUAACACACACAUCAUAAUACACGCUUACAUACAUGCAUAACACACACAUACACACACACACACACACAUACACACACACACACACACACAUAGCACACACACACAUAUACACACACAUAUACAUACACAUUACGCACAGCCAAUCUGGACGAAGCCACCGCAUAACAGACACACACACACACACACGUGCACACAUACACACACACACACACACACACACACACACACACACACACACACACACGUGCACACAUGCACACUAUCAUGGUGUCAAACUCAAACAACCAGCAGUCAAGCCAGCAAGGCAGUGAUGUACACACACACCCAUGCAGACACACACACACACACCCAUGCACACACACAAACCCAUGCACACACACACACACACACACACACACACACACACACACACACACACACACACACACACACACACACACACACACACACACACACACACACACACACACUUCAACACUUCAUGUCUUCUCCCUUGAGCUCUGCUGACCAGCUGAACGGAGGAAUCAGACUAUUCAUUUAACCCUAACCCUAGAAUCAGACUAUUCAUUUGGAAUCAGACUAUUCAUUUGGAAUCAGACUAUUCAUUUGGAAUCAGACUAUUCAUUUGGAAUCAGACUAUUCAUUUGGAAUCAGACUAUUCAUUUGGAAUCAGACGAUUCAUUUGGAAUCAGACUAUUCAUUUGGAAUCAGACGAUUCAUUUGGAAUCAGACUAUUCAUUUGGAAUCAGACUAUUCAUUUGUUUUCCUUCAAUUCUCUUCCUACUCUUUGUCUUUAUAUUUUUGGAUUCUAAUGAAUUUUAAGCUUAAAAUGUCAAAGGAAAAGGAAUGUUUUUUUUUUUCUUUUAGUUUGUAUUACAUGGUUGGUCCUUUCCAAUUUUAUUUUUAAUUCUUAAUUUUGUAGUUUAUUUCCCAUUUGCAUUGUGCAGCGUUUAUGAAAUGAUGUUUGUAAAUAAAAUAAUCAAACUUCUUUAA